ACAAAAGGUGGAAACAAAAGGCCUUCUUCGUCAGCAUGGAGGAACUUGUGGAGCUCUCUCUCUCUCCCUGUAAGAUUACUUAUGCCAAACGUCUCAAUAGGAGGAUAUGUGAUCCGGUCUCUAAGGAAACAUCUUGGAUUCCCUCUGAAACUGUCCUCCUCACCUUUGAAGGCUCUAUUGUCCCUGAGAAGAUUCAGGUAUAUGGUCUUCUUAACAAAAGUAUUGAACAGGUGAGAACCUGUUUCAAUUGUGGAGGCUACGGGCACACUUCUACUAGAUGCAAAGGGCCAGCUGUCUGCUUUGAGUGUGGAGAACACAAAAAAGAGGGGCAACACACCUGCAACGCAGCCAUUGGUUGCUUACAUUGUAAAGGCGAUCACUCCACCUUUCAUCUGGACUGUCAAUCUAUGAUUUUCAACCAAGAGGUCAACCGUACCCUGGCUUUCUACGAUGUUUCAAUUUAUGAAGCUCUUGCUCAAACCAGGGAGAAAUUCGGCCUCAGCAAACAACGACCACAGAAGCAGCCUAAUAAUAUUCCAUCUAAUCCCUCAACUUUUCCUACCCUUCCAGCUUCAACACCCAAAAAAGAGUACACCUUAAGAGUCAUUGGUGGUAUCCAGAAGGAACACACUAAUAGUCAAUGGAAUAACAACACACUGAAAACAUACUCUAAAAAUAAUUCUAUCGUUGGCAGUACUUCUUCUAUCGUCUCCCUGCCUCAGGAGUCUCCUCAUAAAGAAUCCUCCUCAGGCGCAUCCAACUCCUCCGCUAAACUUUCAUCACAUUCUUCCAAACCUGUUUCAUCUUCCCACACAAGCCGGGAAACCGCUCAACAGAGCAGCAAUUUUAAAAACAAAUCCCUUCCCACCAGCAAGUUUCUACUCAAGAACGUCUCUUCCUCCUCUUCAAUCAACAAAAAAUAAAUCAUCAUGGAUACUGGACAAACAGUCAACUUCAACGUGCUGUUCUGGAAUUGUCGUAACAUCGUCAGCAAGAAACCAGAUCUUGAAAGAAUUUCAUCCUCAUAUGAUGCUAUUAUAUGUGUUGAAACUUGGUUCAAGGCCAACUUAUCGUUUAACCUACCCGGAUUUUCUGUGAUUAGAAAGAAUAGAUCCUGCCGAAGGGGAGGUGGCAUAGCCAUCUUUCUUAGGAAGAAUCUUCCCUGGUCUCACGUCAGCGCCAUUUCCCUCGACGAUGAUUCGAUGGAAACGCUCACCAUCAAAAUCAGUCUAAGUGACCUACACCUCACCAUCUGUGCAUGCUAUAGACCUCCUUCUUCGGACUUCGAGCAGGACAAGUGGUACCAGCUCCUGCAAAACCUUCAACAGCAAGGACCAUUUAUUUUGGUUGGAGACUUUAACUGUCACCACGAGACAUGGAAUUGCACAAAUAACUCCCGUGCGGGAGAACACUUGCUUCGAGUUUUAGAAGACACAGACUGCAUGAUACAUAACACCAACACCUUGACAUAGCUCGGACAUUACAACCAGCAAGGCAGCAAUCUCGAUCUCGUAAUAUCUCCCUGCAACCUCGAUCACAAAAUCCUUACAUCUCAGCUUAACGAUCCUUGGGGUUCUGACCACUUCCCCUUACACAUUUCCAUCCAAACUACCCGGUUCAUCUUCAAACAGCGCCGGAAUAGAAUUACUACAAAACGAA